UUGCGGCCGUCUCUCGAAGUAUGCUAAAGGCCGUCUCUCUCUCUCUCUCUCUCUCUCUCUCUCUCUCCAAAAAUAUUGACUAAAUAAAAGCUUGUGUAGCAGCUUAAGCACUUGGAACUUAGCUCGUGCCUUCGCUCCUUAGAAAUCUCCGCCUCUGAUUGAAAAAAAAAUCCAUAACCCCUCUCUUGGAACACUUCGUAUCUCUGAAUAAAGAAAAUACAUAAGACCAAGAAAAGAAUAAUGUGGUUUGAAGAGGGGUUAACAUUUGAUAAAGAAGGUUGCAGCAGCCAAGCUCCUCAACUUUUCAGUAAAAUAUAGAGUACCGAGAUAAAAAUAGAAGGGCUGUAUUUGAAUGAACUAAAGGGCAUUCAUCCUGCUGAGACAAAUAUACACGAUCAGCAUCAUUAGUCAUAAAUGAAAGUGAGUGUAAGACAGUUGCUGUCAUUUGGAACACCCUGGAGCCUAGAUUGAAGAGCAGACAGCCACUCGCUUUGCUUCUUCUCACAGUGCUCCCAGACCGAUUGCCUUUAUUGUUGCAGAACUGGAUGGUUAAGUUCCAUUUCGCUGUAACAUGGAGGGCUACAUACCAAUGGUGGUUCCCCUUCUGUCAAACUUAACUUAUGCUUUGACUUAUAAAUUAAGAAACUCACUUCAAGUUCAAGAGGAGAAGAUUGGGUAAACAUGUUAUUGUCAACCAUGAAACUCCCCUCCCACUGCGUGCCCAUGACCGCACCUCAGAUGCAAAUUACCAAUAAUACCCUCGUUAAGACCCCAACAACCACAUCUUUACCAUGCAUAAAGAGCAUCUCUAGCCCAUUCGGCUUGAAAUCUUCCUCCAGUCGUAGAGCAUCUGCUAUUAUGGCAGUGUACAAAAUCAAGCUGGUUACUCCGGAGGGCGAAGAGCACGAGUUUGAAGCCCCCGAUGAUGCUUACGUAUUGGACUCCGCUGAAGAUGCCGGAAUCGAGCUGCCUUAUUCUUGCAGGGCAGGCGCUUGCUCCACCUGUGCCGGGAAAUUGGAGUCGGGUUCGGUGGACCAGUCAGAUGGAUCUUUCCUCGACGAGAAGCAGAUGGAGGAAGGUUACGUGCUCACAUGCAUUUCCUACCCCACGUCCGAUUGUGUCAUUCACACCCACAAGGAAAGUGAUCUUUACUGAGUACCCAUUAUAGCAAGCCGUGUGAUAUUAGUACUCCAUAAGGGAUGUAUUGGAAAGCGUUUCAAUUCAAACCUGUUGCUGGUUGUUAGUAUGGACUGGGAUCUUUUGGACAUUUGGUACUCUUUUUUAAGUGAAUCAAUCGUGGUUUUCCCUCA